AUGGUUAUACUCGAAGAAAAGGACGAUGGCGAUAACAAGGAACGCAGGGUGCGCACUAGUCACCCGAAGGUUGAUCUCACUCCGCCUGAACGAUGGCACCUGCACUUCUUCCAUAAUGCUACAGCUCGUCUCUGUGGCGCUUAUUACCAUGACGAGUUCUGGCAUGGGUUGAUCCACCAAUUGAGCGAGGAGCAUCCCGCAGUGCGCUAUGCGGUGAUUGCCAUGAGCGCCAGGCAAACGCAAUUCGAGCGUGUUCAACUACGACAAGCCACUGAAACUGAACAACAAUUGUUGAGUCUCAAGCAGUGCAACAAAGCUAUUGCAUCUCUUCGAAAAGUUCUCGAAAAGGAACCACCAGGUGUCGCACGGAAUCAAAUAGUACUCACUACCUGUGCUAUCCUGGUAUAUCUCGCUCUUUUCGAGGAUGACCCGAAGAUCGCUGACUACCAUUUCCACUCGGGGUAUCGGCUUUUAUUGGAAUGGCAAAAAGAUGAUUUUGGCGGUAGCUCAAGUGGUCCAGUGCUAAUGCGGACGUUUGCUCAACUACAACUACACCGAUCGACAUGUACGAAUCCAACGACCUUUGUGGAGGAGAAUGACCCAUCACUUCUUUCGCCAGUUGUUGAAGACUCGCGCCCAACGAAAUCCGAUGUUAAUCCUAAGGUCGUCAAUCAUUUCAUAACCGUUCUGGGAUGGAUCUUGUUACAAAACGAUCGAGAAGGMUUUACUCUAGAAUCUACAGGCAGAUUAUUACGCAGUGGGGAGCCUGCAGUUCUUGGUAUGCUUCGACUUUGGCGGACGCAAUUAAAGCGCUCUGUAUUGUUACACGGGGAUGAUGUGUCUCAGACUGAUCGUGACACACUUUCAGUUCUCUCCUUAUGGAGUGAAGUGAUCUAUAUCAAAUUAUCCACAAACGGCCAGCCUGCCUUGAACGAACAUUCCGAAAUGAGAUGCGACCACUUUCUUUCACACUUUCAGCGAGUCGUCGUGCUAGCGAAGUCACUUCUUAUGGCUUCAAAAUCUUCUUCGGUCCUGUCAGACUUUCCGGUCAAAGGCGUUAUCAUACCACCCUUACUUUUCUGUGGCUUCAAAUGCCGCGAUUGGCAAGUCAGACGUCAAGUCAGGCUAUUAUUGCAGGACUUUAAGGAUCAUGAAGACGUCUGGGUAUCCGGUUCAAUCCUGGCUCUGGAAGAAAUAACAAAAAUCGAGUCUAAAGGAAUCGCUCCUGGGGAGCAGAUUCCAGACUAUGCUCGUGUAGAUAGCAUGCGUGUCGAUAUCCACGCCCAAGACUCUCAGGUCUCUAUACGAUAUCGCCGUUCCCAACUACCUCCCGACGAAUCAGGCAAUUCGUGUAUUAUUGGCGACGGAAUGUGGGAGAAUAGACUACUCUCGAUUUCGACUAGACGGUGA